AUGGCCCCCGCUGUCGGUAUCGAUUUGGGAACCACCUACUCCUGCGUGGGUGUCUUCCGUGAUGACCGUAUCGAAAUCAUUGCCAACGACCAGGGUAACCGCACCACCCCCUCUUUCGUGGCCUUCACCGACACCGAGCGUUUGAUCGGUGAUGCCGCCAAGAACCAGGUUGCCAUGAACCCUCACAACACCGUCUUCGAUGCUAAGCGUCUGAUCGGUCGUCGUUUCGCCGAUGCCGAGGUCCAGUCCGACAUGAAGCACUGGCCCUUCAAGGUCGUUGACGACAAGGCUGGCAAGCCCAUCGUCGAGGUUGAGUUCAAGGGCGAGACCAAGCAGUUCACCCCCGAGGAGAUCUCUUCCAUGAUCCUCACCAAGAUGCGUGAGACCGCUGAGUCUUACCUUGGUGGUACCGUCAACAACGCCGUCAUCACUGUUCCCGCUUACUUCAACGACUCCCAGCGUCAGGCCACCAAGGAUGCUGGUCUCAUCGCCGGCUUGAACGUUCUCCGUAUCAUCAACGAGCCCACCGCUGCUGCCAUUGCCUACGGUCUGGACAAGAAGACCGAGGGUGAGCGCAACGUCCUCAUCUUCGACCUGGGUGGUGGUACCUUCGAUGUCUCCCUCCUUACCAUCGAGGAGGGUAUCUUCGAGGUCAAGGCCACCGCUGGUGACACUCACUUGGGUGGUGAGGACUUCGAUAACCGCCUUGUGAACCAUUUCGUUACAGAAUUCAAACGCAAGCAUAAAAAGGACUUGACCACCAAUGCUCGCGCUCUCCGCCGUCUCCGCACUGCUUGCGAGCGUGCCAAGCGUACUCUCUCUUCUGCUGCCCAGACCUCUAUUGAGAUCGACUCUCUCUUCGAGGGUAUCGACUUCUACACCUCGAUCACCCGUGCUCGUUUCGAGGAGCUUUGCCAGGACCUCUUCCGCUCCACCAUGGAGCCCGUUGAGCGUGUCCUCCGCGACGCCAAGAUCGACAAGGCCUCCGUCCACGAGAUCGUCCUCGUCGGUGGUUCCACCCGUAUCCCCAAGAUCCAGCGCCUUGUCUCCGACUUCUUCAACAAGGAGGCUAACAAGUCCAUCAACCCCGAUGAGGCCGUUGCCUACGGUGCUGCUGUCCAGGCUGCUAUCCUGUCUGGUGACACUUCCUCCAAGUCCACCAACGAGAUCCUCCUGCUCGACGUUGCUCCUCUCUCCCUUGGUAUCGAGACCGCUGGUGGUGUCAUGACUGCUCUUAUCAAGCGCAACACCACCAUCCCCACCAAGAAGUCCGAGACCUUCUCCACCUACUCCGACAACCAGCCCGGUGUCUUGAUCCAGGUCUACGAGGGUGAGCGUGCUCGCACCAAGGACAACAACCUCCUUGGCAAGUUCGAGCUUACCGGCAUUCCUCCCGCCCCCCGUGGUGUUCCCCAGAUUGAGGUCACCUUCGAUCUCGAUGCCAACGGUAUCAUGAACGUCUCUGCCAUUGAGAAGGGUACCGGUAAGACCAACAAGAUCACCAUCACCAACGACAAGGGUCGUCUUUCCAAGGAGGAGAUCGAGCGCAUGCUUGCCGAUGCCGAGAAGUUCAAGGCUGAGGAUGAGGCCGAGGCUUCCCGUAUCCAGGCUAAGAACGGUCUUGAGUCCUACGCCUACUCCCUCAAGAACACUCUCAGCGAGGGCAAGCUCACCAUCAGCGAUGCCGACAAGGAGAAGGUCACCGCCAAGAUCGACGAGACCAUCAGCUGGCUCGACUCCAACCAAACCGCCACCAAGGAGGAGUACGAGUCCCAGCAGAAGGAGCUUGAGGGUGUUGCCAACCCCAUCAUCUCCGCUGCCUACGGUGCCGCUGGUGGUGCCCCUGGCGGUGCCGCUCCCGGCGCCACCCGCACUGCUGACGACGUCGAGGAGGGCCCCGAGGAGCUUGACUAAAUGUCUCAACUUUCAGUUUUGCUUCUAGUUCUUACUACCCAUGGCUGUUCAUUGGCUAAGUUUUUCUCUAUUUGCAUGUUCUAAUCUUCAUGUCUUUUGUUUUCUUUAACG